GCGCGAAGCGCAUAUAUCAUUGUCGAAAUCGUUUAUCAACUUCCCUAAUGGACUGGCAUAUACGCAGAAUAAACCUCUUGGGGUUUGUGCAGCUAUCGUUCCGUAGAAUGCAUCGCUAUAUGUAUACCAGCCAUCACACCUGUUGAAUCGUGCUAACACCGUGCUAACACCGUGCUCACUAGCAUGAUCACAACCUGGAAACUCGCCCCAGCAAUCGCAACCGGCAACGUCCUCAUUAUCAACCCCCCCGAGCUAACCCCCCUUUACGGCCAAAAGCUCGCCGCCCUAAUCCUCGAAGCCGGUUUUCCACCCGGUGUAAUCAACACCUUUGCGGUGAAGGCCAGGUCGCGGGCCAAGCAAUCGCAGAAGACCAAUUUCAAGCGCGUGACGUUGGAACUUAGUGGUAAGGGUCCUUCUAUUGUGUUUCCGGAUGCGGAUUUUGAGAAUGCGCUAUUCUGGACUACGUUGGGGAUCACGGCGAAUAAUGGGCAGAUUUGUGCGGCGGGGUCGCGGAUUUAUGUGCACGAUUCGAUUUAUGAGCGGUUUCUUGAGGAGUUUAAGGUUAGGACGGCCAAGGCUGUUCAUGGAGAUCCGCUGCUUGCGACAACUAGCAAAGGUCCUUUGGCCAGCGCAGGGCAGCAUCGGAAGGUGUUGGGCUACGUCAGCAAAGCCAAAGAAGCCGGCUCAAGGCUCCUGUGCGGUGGAAAGGACCUCGACGGCAAUUUCAUUUCAAACACCGCGUUUGCUGACGUUAAGGAGGACGAUGUGAUCAUGAGGGAGGAGAUAUUCGGUCCUGUCGCAGCCAUUGCAAAGUUUGAAACAGAAUCCGAAAUAAUCACCAAAGCCAACAACUCAGAAUACGGCCUCAGCGCCGCAAUCUUUACCGAUAACAUCAGCCGUGCGCACCGAAUCGCAUCUGCAAUUGAGACCGGCCAAGUCACUGUCAAUUGCUGGGGGAACCUUCAUUCGAACACGCCAUUCGGGGGAAUGAAGCAAUCUGGAUUUGGUCGGGACUUGGGGAAGGAGGCGUUGGAUGGUUGGACGAAUACUAAGACGAUUAAGAUUCAUCUGUUGCCGGUGGAGAGUGCAAAGCUUUGACGUGGAUUGUGGCGUAGUAGGGUUGCCACGGGGAAGGGGUCUACUAGAUAUCUUUCAACAUGUUUUUGUGGUAUCAGAUAGUACAGAUUGAUUCUCGUUUGCAAAAAAUGGUAGACAUAUGUUGGAGAGCCUCAGGCUCCAAUAUGCCCCGCUC